AUGCGCUGCUCUUUGCUUCUUGCCGCGUGUGCAGGCCUUCCUUUCGCGGCGCUGUGUGCACAGAUCCCCUUCCUGCCAGAGCUUCAGGACCCUGAGCUGCCAAAGGCUGAAGUCACCGUAAGCCUGUCCGAGGAACAUGACAGCUUUGAGACUCUGGUCAAGCACCCCAGCGUGCCCGCGCACACUCUGCGGUUCACUGAACCUCCCAAAGAUCUUUGCGAGCGCAGCUCAGCUCGCUCGUGGUCGGGUUAUCUCGACGUGGACGUGGACGCGCUCCACCGCCAUCAGGACGGCAGCGACCUUGCUAGCGCAGGCGGCAAACACCCCAACGCUACCAUCGAGCACUUCUACUUCUGGGCAUUCGAAUCUCGUAGCGGUCGACCACACGUGGAUCCCACCUCUUUGUGGCUGAAUGGAGGACCUGUUGAGUAUUCGCGAUCGGGCCGCCGGUCGGACUCGGGACUACCCUAGCUGACCUAGACUAAUGCUCUCUUCAGGGCUGCUCGAGCUUUACCGGACUGCUCAUGGAGCUUGGGCCUUGCAAUGCUGCGCCUUUCAACACCAGCAAAGGUCCUCACACAGAAUGGAACCCUUGGUCGUGGAACAACAACGCGACCAUGCUGUUCCUAGACCAGCCUGUAGGCGUGGGCUUCUCUUACGCCUCGUGGGCCAACACUACGCGUAAGGAUGACGCUCCUGGGCGCAUAUACGACGCUGCCGCUGCUGCUCGUGAUGCGAGCGCAUUUCUGCAGCUAUGGGGCAUGCAUGCCAAGUCCAUCUACUCCAAGGACGGCGAGGAAAGCAAAGGCAUCUCCACUUUCCACAUCGCAGGAGAGAGCUACGCGGGCCGAUGGAUCCCGUACAUUGCGGAACAGCUCCUGAGAGAUAAUGAGGAGGCCAAAGAACACCCCGAGCGCGGCAUCGAGCCCCUACCUCUUGCCGUGAGUGCCGACGCGAUAUGCGCUAUGCCCGCGUUUUUGCUUGGUAGAGGGCGUCCUGACCUGAUACCUGAUCCUGGCGUGCGUUUGCAGUCAGUACUGAUUGGAAAUGGCAUCACCUCGCCGAAACACCAAUUCCCGGCAUACGUGGACUACGCCUGCUCCAACAAGAGCGGCUAUGGCAUCUUCUACCCCAAGGAGCAAUGCGACGACCUUUGGGCCGCGGUUCCGGUCUGCCUUGCGCUCGUCGACAAGUGAGUCGCGCUGGUUGAAAUGACUGGCUCGUAGCCAAGCUCGGUCGUCUGCAUGCACGACUUACGCUCCUUCACGUCAACGAACACAUGUAGGUGCAACAAGCCUACUCAUACUGGCCGGUAUGACGAAAAGGCUUGCGCAGCUGCAACGCUCUACUGUGAAGACUCAUUGCAACAACCUUGGGCGGACACCGGCAGAUCGACCUAUGACUGGGCCCAUUGGGGAGACUACGAGCAAGAAGAGUGGGUAGCACAAUUUCUGAACGCCGCAAACACGAAGAAGGGUCUUGGUAUCGACAAGCGCGGCGCUGGUGACCAUCACGAUGGUGUGUUCGUCGGCUGCUCCGACAAAGUCUACGAGAAUUUCGACUCGACAGCUGAUGGUCCAAAAGAGAGCACAUGGGCUGGUGAGUUCGCUGGCCGCUUGCGAAGCCAUAGUCUGCUGACGAUCGGCUACGAUCGCCACUAGUGAAACGUCUGCUCGAAAAUGGAGUGCGCGUGCUCGCCUAUUCUGGCAAGCGAGACUUCAUUUGCAACCACAUUGGUGAGCAGGCAGUGUGAUAUGCAAUCAAGCUGGCACUGAGCAUCGUCUUGGCCGUCCAUCACUUCCUAGGUAACGAGGCUUGGACUCUGGACCUCGAAUGGAGCGGCAAGGAGGAAUUCAACAAGCAAGAACUGAAGCCUUGGAUCGGUCACGAUGGGCAGCAGGCCGGUUCAUACCGCAACUAUGGCAAUGUGAGUAUGACUCAUGCUGAGCAAAAGGUUGGCACACGUGCUUACGUCCUUCCACGUUGGUCCUGCCUUGCGAAUGCACAGUUCACCUUUGCCAUCGUUGAGGGCUCCGGUCACUUCGUGCCGUUGGAUCAGCCGCAAAAUGCCCUGAUCAUGCUCAACAGAUGGCUGCAUGAGCCAGCCGACGGCACAUUCUGA